UGUUACUUUGAAAAAUUACAUCAAUGCAAAGUGAUUGCCUUUUAGCCUCCAGAGCCAAUACAUUUACAUUUUUCUGAAUGAGGUCACGGGAUGAUAUAUAUAAUUGGUGACCACAGACUGAGGAGGAGCAAGCUGAUAGCACUCCAGGACAGAGCCAGGGGGACUUUGCCUCUCCACAAUCAUGUACCAGCUGGCCUCCUGCUGCUUGCUCUUUAUAGGAUUCUUAAAUCCUCUCGUAUCUCUUCCUGUCACUGACUCCAGGGACAUGUCUCUCCAGCUCCCAGCACCUGAAGACGACGCGAGGUUGGCCCUGGAGGAGCUGGAAAGAGCCUCCAUCCUAAAGCUGCUGCCAGAGGUGCUGGGUGCGGGCAGAGGAGACAGGCUGCUGGGUGCGGAGAGAGGCGACAGGCUGCUGGGUGCGGAGAGAGGCGACGGGCUCUGGGAAGCAGAUCCUACUAUGAACAUUUCCAACCCAAGAAGCCAUCCAAGAAAGGCUUUUCCUGAAGAGGGUCCUAACAUUUUUCUGAGUCAGCUCUUGGCCAGACCCAGGAAACAGCACAAGCAGCACGGGCCCCCCCUGGAGUGCUUCUGGAAGUACUGCGUCUAGGCGAGAGGGGCCCGGCUCAGUGUGGACAGUCGGACACAGGACACCGACCAGAAGCACUGAAGAAACACGAGGCCACCGCCCAAUUCAUCCUUGGGAACCACGCUCUAGUCCGCAAGAUCAUGAGUGGCUAGUUCACUUGUAAGCAUGUCCUGGAAUCUGUCAUUGUCUUACCUUCAAUUUAUUCCUAAUUUCUUGGAAAUUUAAAGUAAAGAUAAUAAAUAAAUAGAAACAAAUACUAAGAAGAAAAAGCCA